UACUUUUGGCAAUAUAGUGUAUGUGUGCCAAUAAAAGUUUAUACCUGUGUAUAUACUUGUAAAUACUACACUUGUUUCUUUUUUUCCCAAACAGACAUGUUCAAAAUUGUCGAAUUUGUUGAGACACAUGAGGUGGAGCUGGUUCCAGCCAUUUGGGUGGAGAAUGGCCAGUGCUAUUGGCCUAAUUCACUGAGGGGUAUGGCCCUUCACCUGGCCAUUAAAAACAAGACACCUCCUAACUGUGACUGGGGAAGUUGGGAAGUCCGAACAAUGUUUUCAACAGACAGCUAUGAAGAGGGCAGAAGGAAGGCUAAAGAGGCAGAGACCUGGUCAGACCUCCAGUCAGACGCAGAAAUGUCUGGACAGAAACCACCAAGGCGUAAAAUGAAGAGUGUUCGAAUUGGCCCACCUGGAGGUUGCUUAAUGGACUCAGAGGAGGAAUCUGGCCCACCCCCCAAGCAACUUCUUCCACCUGCCCCCACUGUAAACCUCCCUGUAGUCAUCCCAAACACCACUUUCACCCCUGUUCCCAUCACCACAUUGCCAGCAGCAGCAGCACCACCACCACAAGGGACAUAUACAGAGAUGCUGCAAAAUUGGCAGCCGAUGGACGAUGUGCCACCGCUGCGGAGUUGUCAGACGUUCAGAAUUGCCCCCCAGCAAUCAUCAGAACCAGCCCUGCUGAGGGAGGUUCUAACAAAAUUAGAGAUGGUGCUGGACCAGCAAUCCACCAUCCUCAGAUUGUUGCAGCUGCGGGAAGACCAGGGACAGCUUUUGAACAUAGAGGAAGGUUUGCUGCCCCUGCAAGACCUUCCACAACUGCUCAGCCUUGAGCAAAGGAUUCAGCAGAGCCCAGAUUACAAGCAAAAACUGAUAAACUGGUUGGGGCUUAUUGGAGGAGUCAAUGGAAAGACUUCAGUGGCCACUCUUCAACUCAGAGAGGUUGUGAUUGCUGCAGUUUGGAGAAACCCCAUCACUGCUAAUGCCGCUGAAAUGGAGGUUGAGGGGACCAUAAGGAGGUGGCUCCAGCUGGCAGCUGAUCGAGAGGGCGGGCGCAAGAGACGGCUUUUGGAGAAGGCAGCUGUCUAA